AUGGCAUACGCGCAUCAGGCGGAUGCUAAGCGCGCGCUGGACGAGCGUGGAUACUCCGGYGCCCUCAUCCGCGGCGACAACCCGCUGAAGCUCUUCGAGAAGCCGGUCCGGGACCGCAUCACCGAUUCGUACUACUGGAAGGAGCAGUGCUUCGGUCUCAAUGCUGCCACGCUGCUGGAUCGCGCUGUAGAGCUGUCGUUCCUGGGCGGGACAUAUGGCGUUGCGCAGAAACCCACACCGUUCCUGUGUCUGGCUUUCAAGCUCCUGCAGCUUACCCCGGACAAGAGCAUCAUCCUCUUCUAUCUCGAGCAGGCGGGCGAGGAGUACAAGUACUUGCGUGCAUUGGCAGCCUUCUACGUCCGUCUGGCUUGGGAGAAGGAUGAAGAUGUGUACACCACGCUCGAGCCAUAUCUGGCAGAUUUCCGCAAACUGAAGCGUCGCACGAGAGAAGGAUGGGCUCUGACUUAUAUGGAUCAAUUUGUGGACGACCUUCUGGUCAAGAGCAGGGUCUGUGCCACGACACUCCCCAAAAUCAACCCAAGGACGUUCUUAGAGGACGAGGAUCGACUGGAUCCACGAGAAAGUGCUUUGGGCGAGGAGCUGGAAGAGCUUGACAGGGACGAUGAAGARGAAGAUGGCGAUAAGUCAAGCGAUGGAGAGGUUGAAGAGGUGUCAAUGAACGGUCAGGCGAAUGGUCACGGUCGUCGCGGUUCAACAAGCUCUAGGAGUGAGGGCGAGAUGAGCGACGUGGGUUGA